CUAUAUAUAGAGACAAGCUUAGGCAGUGUGAAGAACGUUUUGUAAGGAUAUUUGCAGUGGUAGGUGUUAGGGAAGACUCUUUCAUAGAUUCUGCAUUUUUACGUUCAACUUAGAAACAGAACAGAAAGAAGCAUCGCCUACCUCUCUACAAAACCACACAGACGACGCCCUCGUUGGCUGAAAAAGCAAACUCUUUUCAGAGUCAUGGAUUUGAAGCAUGGAAUGCAGAGAGUUCACUCUUGGAUUAAGCGGAUUCAUAAUCUUGGUCUUCAAGUUCUGUGGUAUUUUUUGCAUCUUCUCAUCACCUUAUGGUACCUUAAAAGUGGUUUGUCCCAAGUGAUUGAAAGCUAUUUAAUCUCCAGUGGACUACUAGGCCGCUACAAAACCCUUAACAUUGGCAAGCUCAGGUACCUUGCAAUUGUAGUAGAAAGUGAAGAUGCUUAUCAAAUUUCUAAAGUUCUUCAACUUUUGCAAUGGGUGGAAGCUAUUGGUGUGAAACAUGUAUGUCUAUAUGAUUCCGAAGGAGUUCUUAAGAAAUCCAAGCAAUCCAUUAUAAAGAAUUUGGAAAAUGCAAUUCUACUUGAGGAAGCAAUUGAAAAAGAUUUGCCACUGGACCAGAAUCAUAUGACUCUGGAAUUUGUUUCUAUCUCUGACGGAAAGGAAGCAAUAACCAGGGCAGCUAACCUACUAUUUAUGAAGUACUUAAAGUUGGCUAACACUGGUGGUGCAGAUCUGGAAGAACAAUUCUUUACAGAAGCUCAUAUGGAUGAGGCACUAAAAGCAUUAGUAUCAGGUCAUAGAGGGCCAGAACCUGACCUGCUAUUAGUUUAUGGCCCCGUGAGAUGCCAUCUAGGUUUCCCUGCAUGGAGAAUUCGAUAUACUGAGAUAGUGCAUAUGGGACCCCUGAAGUUCAUGAGCUAUGGUUCCCUUAUAAAGGCCAUUUACAAGUACACAAUGGUGUACCAAAACUAUGGUACAUGAAUUUUCUACCUUCAGAGAUUGUUAUAUUGGAAACUGGUUGAAAGAGAUGUUCUUGAGAGUAUAUUUCUCUCUGCGAUUCAUUCUUGUACUCUUAUUAUAUAACAUGUAAUCAUGCUUAUUCAGCAGAUAAUCGAUUUACUUGAGCAGAUCGUUGUUGCCUAAUAUUCAGCUAAAUUACUUAUAAUAAAGCCUCUCCAUUGUUCUCUCUC